CAGGCUGACUGUGAGCAGUGGAUAUUUGUUCUAGUAACGUUAGUUGUCGCACGUAGUAUUAUUGCGUACUUACGGGUUUAUGUUGACGGAGUGUUAAUAUAGAGCGUAACACAGGGUGUAAUUAUCCCAUGGCUCUCAGAAGGUGUUGCGGGUUAGCGGGGGUCGCUCCGAGGUUGUUAUGGAACGUCCUGCCUGGAGCUUACGUCCCUGGACGAACCUCUGCGUCCAGCCUUGUCAACACUCACCACGGUUGCAAAACUACAACGUUGCAGCUCCGCAGGUUCAGUUCUGCGCCACCGAGCACGGAUGUGAGUUAUGAGCAGAUGAAGCAGCUCCUGGCGGGCCGGAAAGCUGUAGUUAUAGAUGUCAGGGAGCCCUGGGAGCUCAGGGAGUACGGCUUCAUCCCCGGAGCAAUCAACGUUCCGCUGGGACAGGUGAACACUGCCCUCCAGCUGGGUCCGGACGAGUUCAAUGAAAAGUAUGGCGGUGAAAUGCCCCAGCAGACAGAUAACGUUGUGUUCACCUGUCUGGCAGGGGUCAGGAGCAAGACAGCGCUCAACACAGCCGCCUCGUUGGGAUACAAAGAUGUUCAGCAUUACCUGGGCGGAUGGCAAGACUGGGUGAAAAAUGAACAGCAGAACUGAUCCAGGGAUGUCGAAACAAGAAAACAAAUACUAAUUUAAAGCUUUUCACUGAGAUCAGACUGGCGAGCGAGAGCGCAUAACAAGGAGUCUUGUAAAGGGUUUUUAAAAUGUUCAUUGACUCUUCUGUUGUGUUCCUCAUCUGUGAAUCCCAAAGACUGAAACCAGAGGGCUCAGCACACAUCAACAAGUCCCAUGCCUGCUGCUAACAAAAAAAUACAUUUAAAACUAUACUGCAAUGUUACUUGAAGUUCCUUGUAAUUUAAUUUCAUCACAGAACUAUUUAUAAACCCUUUACAACUUCAAAAGAGACAGAUAUUUAUAACCUGUGAUUACUCUAAACCAAAAUACAAAUAUCAAUAGACAAUAAGGAGUGUUAAUUUCUACAUUAUCUAUGCAAAUGACUACUUUUCUGUAUAUGAUUGUGAAUGUAAAUGAAGUGGUCCUUUGGCAACGCAUCAACUUGAUGCUCAUAGAUGCAUCUGCAGUUGUUGCCAACAUUAUUCAAUAAAUAAAAUUAUAGUUUUGAUUAACAGUGAUGUCUUGUGUUUUGUAAUUAUUCUUUUUUUUCAGGUCUUUUAAAAAUGCCAUUUAUUUGAAUAACUUGUGAUAUUGUUGCUGGCUGAGGUGACAGCUGCUGGCACUAAGAUGAUCUACGGCGUU